GUGCGCGCGCAAUAAUCCGCCAUCUUGAAUUUUCUCCCCAUGUCAUAGGGAACUCGGCGGACGUAACAGCUGUGAGUGCGUCUCACUGCUUAUUCCUAACUCUUUUUUUAAACAUUUAAUAGUUUGGACACAAACACACAUUUAUUAUACAAAAUAAAAAUAAAACAUUUCGCGAGCACCGCUUUAGCAAGUGUGUAAAAACAAAAUAUUUUAUAAAGUGAGGAGAGUGGGACGAGGCGGGAAAUCAAUAAGCCGUUGGAGAUACGUCGGGUGGUGCGAAAGUUACAGCUGCGGAUUACUGUUACACUAAGUCGUUCACAGUGAAAUAAAAAAUAGUAAUAUUACCUUUUACUGCAGAACUAAUACAAGAUGGCUGGUGGUGGAGACCCGAAAUGGCAGAAAGAUGCGUCGGAUCAGAAUUUCGACUACAUGUUCAAACUCCUCAUCAUUGGCAACAGUUCUGUAGGAAAAACCAGUUUUCUAUUCCGUUACGCGGAUGACUCGUUCACAUCAGCAUUCGUAUCGACGGUGGGGAUCGAUUUCAAGGUGAAGACGGUCUUUCGCCACGACAAACGCGUUAAACUUCAGAUAUGGGAUACUGCAGGACAAGAGCGUUACCGAACUAUUACAACGGCAUACUAUCGAGGAGCCAUGGGUUUUAUCCUCAUGUACGAUAUUACCAAUGAGGAAAGUUUCAACAGUGUGCAAGAUUGGGUGACGCAAAUAAAGACGUAUUCAUGGGACAAUGCGCAAGUGAUCCUGGUGGGUAACAAGUGCGACAUGGAAGAGGAGCGUGUGGUGAGCGCCGAGCGCGGGCGGCAGUUAGCUGAGCAACUAGGCGUCGAGUUCUACGAGACCAGUGCUAAGGAGAACAUCAAUGUUAAGUCUGUGUUCGAGCGCCUGGUGGACAUAAUCUGUGACAAAAUGUCAGAGAGCUUGGACUCUGAGCCGGCCAUGCUUGCCGGAGGAGCCCGUGGCCAGCGCCUCACGGAGCAGCCUCAAGGGAACACGAACAGCAACUGUAACUGUUAAUGUACUGUCAAUUUUAACUGGGCUACGGCUUGUGAAGGAGCUGUUGAAUCUGUAGCGUUUAGCACUCGUGGUAGACGCGGUGACGCGGUCGUAAAACUAAUACGUCAAUAUAAUAUCAUCUUGCACAAAAUCCAAUUUGUAUUGAACCGAUACAUUAACGAGGUGUCUGGCGACCGCUUAGUCGUUUGCCUGUUAAAGCGAAUAUUUAUUCUGACGGCAUCUAGAAGUUAUCGAUCAGAAUGUAACUCUCACGACCUUGGUCAGGCAAUAGGACCAAUGAAUCACUCGUUAGUUUUGUUUCAUAUCGUUAUAGCAUUUUUUAGCACCGUUGAUUCUGUAAACGCUUUUCGUAUGUUACACAUAUUCUGCUACGAGUGCUUUGUCCGCUGAGUUGUUUAAAGCUGCCUCCAAAAAGUAAAUCAAUAUUGAGGAGAGAAUAAAUAAAAUAUAGUAAAUUUAAUAAUCAAUGUUAUACAUUUCUGUAAUUCCUAAAUUGAAAUAAAUAACCCCCUUACAGUUCCAUAAAUAUGUUGUUUUUAACCACAUACGAGUACCAUAGAAAAACACUUAUUUGAACGAAAAAUAUUAUUAAUACAAAUGUUAAACUUAUGUGUAUCUAUAUAAUAUUAUUGAUUAUCUAUAUAGGUGUUAGGUAGCUAUAUCUAUUGUGAGCUGGAGUAGGGAUCUGAUACUUCUUAUAGCUAGUUGUUAACCGCCUGAUGUUUCCCUUCAAUUAGUUCUGCUCUCGUUGACUAUGUCUCUUUAUGUUUAGCUCGUAUUAAAUGUUGUGUAUGGCGAAGUAACAUUGUUUUUAAAGAUAUACAAAUUACAACGAGAAUAAAACAAUUAGGGAUUUGAAAAAUGAUUUAUAUUAACAUCAAUCACUAUCAAAUAAAUCAACUGAUAGCCUAUCCGCUUGGAGCAAUAAGCGUAACUCCGAAACAGGUGGCGGAUUCAUUGUACUAUGGACAAAUAUUAAACCCAAAAUUGUAACUUUCAUUUAAGGUAUUAGCAAUUGUUAGUAAACAUAUAUUAAAAUUUU